UAAUAUCGUCUAUCUCACCUAUUUAUUGUAGUAAGACUAGUUAGAUCUUGUCACAAGAAAAGAGACUUUAGUCAGAUUUUUGAAGAGAAAAUGGAGGUAAAUUAUGGAAACCAUGUUCUAGUUGUUCCCUAUCCAAGUCAAGGACACAUUAAUCCAAUGCUCCAAUUCUCAAAGAGAUUAAUCUCAAAAGGUCUCAAAAUCACCUUAGCCAUAACUAUUCAUGUUGCCAACAAGAUGGAAACUCAAAUUAACGGUCCGGUUAAAGUCGAAAUGAUUUCAGAUGGUCACGAUGAAGGUGGUGUUAUGCAAGCAAGUAGUCCACAGGCAUAUCUCGAAACAUUCGCAAUCGUGGGUUCACAAACCUUGACUGAAAUCAUCGAGAGACGAAGCAAUUCAGGUGAUCCGGUCAGUUGUGUAGUUUAUGAUCCGUUUUUGCCAUGGGCAUUAGAUGUAACCAAGCAAUUCAACCUUAUGGGAGCUGCCUUCUACACCCAAUCUUGUGCUGUUAGUAGUAUUUACUAUUACGUGCAAAAGGGUAUGAUGAAAUCCCCGGCCACGCUGGGCGAGGUAGUUUCACUUCCGGGGCUGCCGCCGUUGGAGUUUUCGGAUCUACCAUCUUUUGUUGCCGGCGUUGGGCCUUUCCCGGCAUUGUUGUCCACUCUUUUGGAGCAGUUCCAUAACAUUGAUAAAGCAGAUUGGGUUCUGUUUAGUUCAUUUGACAAGCUAGAGGCUGAGAUAUUAAAUUUUAUGUCAAAGCUAUGGAAAGUGAGGGCGAUUGGACCAACUAUUCCAUCGAAGUAUUUAGACAAAAGGAUUGAAGAUGAUGAAGAUUAUGGAUUCAACCUAUUUGAGCCAAAAACAUCUUCAUGCAUGAACUGGCUUAGCUCAAAAAAGAACAACUCUGUUGUUUAUGUGUCUUUUGGAAGCCUUUCGGCAGCAAAACAAGAGCAAAUGGAAGAAAUUGCGUGGACACUAUGGGAGUGCGAUUACAAUUUUCUGUGGGUAGUGAAACAGGCUGAAGAAAACAAAAUCCCAUCUGAAUUCCUGGAGAAAAUUUCAACAUCUGACAAAGGCUUGAUGGUAACAUGGUGCCCGCAAUUGGAAGUUUUAUCCCACCCGGCCGUGGGAUGUUUUGCGACGCAUUGUGGGUUCAACUCUACAUUAGAGGCAUUGAGUAUUGGAGUGCCAAUGAUUGGGUUUCCGCAAUGGACUGAUCAACCAACAAAUGCAAAAUGUAUCGAAGCUAUGUGGGAAGUAGGAAUGAGACCAAAAGUUGAUGAAGAGGGAAUUGCUAGGAAAAUGGAGAUUGAUUUAUGUGUAAGAGAAAUUAUGGGUGGGGGAGAGAAAGGGAAAGAGAUGCGAAGAAAUGCAAGUAAAUGGAAGGAAUUGGCAAAAGAGGCAAUGGAUGGAGGUGGAAGUUCUGAUAAGAAUAUCGUGGAACUUGUAGCUCAAGUCAAGUUAAAUGUUAUUGUAGCUAAAUAGUUUAAGUAUAAAGGGCCAGAUCCCAAACAAAAUAAAAGAUUCAUGGAGUUCUGGAAAAAAAGAAGAGUUACUUAUAUUUCACAUAGGGGCGGAGCCGGAUACUCUAUUAACGAGAAGCUAAAUAUUACUAGGGGUGUAAGAAAGUAAAAAUGAGCUUGGAAGUCCACAAUAUCUCUGAAAAUUAAGGCUUGGGAGUCACCUUUCAGAUCUCUUAACUGUCGAAGAAUUAAUUGAGAAUGUCGUGGAAAACGAAAAAGGUAAUGAACCUGAAGUUAAAGAUGAAAAUGUGAUUAUAGAGCCACUUCUAAACAAAGAAGCUAUAAGAGUUACAAAAAUAUUAGAUAAUUUGGUUUUUUACUGUAUCAACGAUGCUAUUAUUAUUUUAUUUUUCAAUUUUUUAACAAUAGAUGUAA